AUGCCCAAGGGCGAUCACGAUAGGGCUAAAAAGGAGUUUAGCGAGUGGAUGAAGUACAUACCGGAUGACUAUAGCAUCACACGACUUACUCUGCCCGGCACCCAUGAUAGCCAUGCUACCAAAGAGAACACGCCAGAACUUAUGCAACUCUUGGCCGUCUGUCAGUUUCACAGUGUUACCCGUCAGCUAGAGCUCGGUGUCCGGUACCUUGACCUGCGGGUAGGCGAUCCCAGCCUUUCCAUGGUUCACGGAUACAUCACAUUGUCCGGCCAUUUGUCUGAUGUGCUCGGAGAAAUAAGAGAAUUUCUUCGUGCUCACUCGAGUGAAACAGUGCUUGUGAGCAUCAAGUGGGACGAUCCCAAAAGCUCUCAUGACCAAAGCCUCCGCGACUUUGUCUGGAAUACAUGGGAGAGAAACGACUGGUAUAAGCAAAAGACGUGGCCGAAUCUCAAGACAGCUCGGGGCAAAGCCAUCCUCCUUCGUCGCUUUGACUCAGAAGGCAAAGAUGAAAUCGGGAUAGACUGUAUGGGCUUUUAUGGCUCAAAAUCAGCCGGGGACAAAGCAGCAGCCCCAUGGCUACAAACGGAUAAUCCAGCAGAGGCUGGAAUCCCAUUUGAAAGUCGGUGGAAUAGAGCCCUUCUCAACAUGAACCAUGCAAGGAGCCAGCCAUCUUCCGACGGCAUCCUUUACAUCAGCAAUCUGGCGGACACUGGGGUACAGAAGGGAGAAAAUCCUCCAAUUGCAUAUGCCGCCAAUGUAAAUUGGCGGCUUCGUCAGUAUCUCUCUAGCGACAAUAGUCAAGUGGAUCCUGAAAAGAACCACCUUGGCCUUAUCAUUCUCGAUUUCAUCAGAUAUGGCGACACAGCAAGAAUUAUCUCCAAAAACUGGAAGGAGAACGUCUACGCUACCUCAGAAAAUCCCUCGUGGAAAGGGAAUGGUCCUGCAGUUGCCGACUUUCCCAGCACCAAAGAAGCAGUGAAAAUAUUCAUUCAAACGGACGGCAACCUUGUUGUAUACGCCAAAAAUGGCGCGGAUGCCAGGUGGGCCUCUAUGACGAACAUGGCUCAGGCGGACAAUAAGAGGCUGUCUUUCCAAGACGAUGGCAAUCUCGUGAUUUACGAAAAUGGCGAUGGUCGAUGGGGCUUGGAUAGAUUCGCGCGCAAUUCCAAGCUCAGGGUAAUGCAUGGUCCGCCAUUCUUCAUGGUCGACUCAGACUUCUUGAAGGGUGACCUAUACUGGACCCCUGGAGGAGACAUACUAACGGAGCCCAACCUCGACUACUCAGCCAACGCCAACUUCAUCAAAAUGUAUCUAGCUUAUGCCACGAAUCCAGCAGGAGCGGCACAGCAAGGUGUGAAUCAGCUUUACAGGGCAGGCUUCGAUUAUGUGUCUGGCACAUUGAGAAAGGACAACAAUCCAGUUGCUAAUGGCCUGGCGAAUGCUAUUGAUGCGGUGGGCAACUGGUAUGCCUAUACUGGAAAUGUUACAGUGCAGGUUCUCGAGUUCGUGACCACACCAGGGCGAAAGCUUGUUGGAUGGGUUUCCUCAUUGUUUAGCUAA